UAAUAAAAUAUUAGGAUCUGAAAUGGAACCUUCAUAUGUUCCUGAAGGAUAUAUCACACCCCUGUUUUACUGGGAUGAGGAAAAUACUAGUAAUAGGCUUCAUAUUUCAGAGGAUAGACUCUCUAUCAAGGUAAUCAAUGGAGCAGGGUUUAAAACUUCCUUUGGCACUGAAGGAUUCUCUGAACGAGAGAGAUAUUAUUUUGAGAUAAAAAUUAUUAAAGGUACCUUAAUCAAGAUAGGCGUCAGCAAACAACUGGAUAAUAAUAACCAAGCCUUUACCGAUGUCCCAGAGGGUUGGGGUAUUUAUAAUGGAGAAACUCGGCACAAUAGCAAUGCGUUAGGCAGUAAAUAUGGAGAAAGAAUUAAUCCAGGCGAUGUUAUCGGAAUAAUGUUAGACAUGGUGGAAGGGAAGAUAAGCUUCUCUUGAAACGGAGUAUGAUGGGGCGUGGCGUAUGAAAGUGAGGAACUGACAGAAGGAAAAUAUUUCCCUGCAGUUGCUCCAAUUUAUUUAAACGACGAAUACCGGAUAUGUCUUCCCCAGCCUGAGGAUUAGUUGUAAAUUAUUUAAUAAAAUUGCCUUUUA